AUGCCCGUCAUACAAAUUUUACAAAGGGAUGGCACCCCUUUCGCCGCCGGCAUCACGCGGCGGGAGCCCGGCAGGCCGGAUACCCAAACAUGGAUCACUGUCGGCAUCAUUGCCGGUACCAUGCUUCUCGCCACAGCCUUCGUUGUGUCUGUCACCGCAUACUUGAGGCGCAGGCAAUACCGACUCGAGAGGAGAAGAGAACCGCAACUAUCCUGGAACGAAUUCCAGAAGAGGUCGAAGAUGACGGCCGAAGAUCGGAUGGAUGAGGAAGAAGUCCAGAGGUGCAUCAUGAUCCGGAAGUCUCUCGCCAGCCGAUCCUUCGGGCCGAGUAGCCAGGCGGACAGCCAUUCGAUCGACGUGCAAGAUGGCAAGCAUACCGGACUUAAGGAGGAUUGGAAAGAAUGGGAGGCAAGGAUGACAAGGGAGCGGUCAAACUCGCCAGUCGUCGACGAGAAGAGACUCGAGCUCAGGAAGCAGCGUCGGAAGAGGAAGAGCAAGCGACAGUCGCUCGAUAAAGCUAGCGGAACCUACACAGCCAACUCCUACCUGCCCAAGAUGAUACCUUCUGCGGCGGCAGAAGCCAGCGCGAAGGCCGAAGCCGAAUACAGGGAGAACCUCAACAAUAUUCUCACCUGCCCGGACUGCAAGGAGUUCCCGCCGAAUCUGAUCGAGGAGUUCUCCUCUGGGGAUAUGGUGUGUGGCUCGUGCGGCCUCGUGGUCGGCGAGCGCAUCAUCGACACCCGUUCUGAGUGGCGUACCUUCUCCAACGAUGACCAAGGCAAUGACGAUCCUUCUCGAGUCGGCGACGCACCCAACAUGCUACUCGAGGGCUCCCAGCUAGAAACGACCAUCGCCUUCGACGGUGGCAAAGGUUCCAAGAACCUAUCCCAUAUUCAGAACAAGAUGGUCAACGACAAGGCGACCAAGUCGCUGCUCCAAGCAUACCGUGAGAUUGGCACUCUGACAGACAGUAUCAAUGCUGGCAAGGCUGUCUCGGACGCUGCAAAGCACAUCUACAAGCUCGUCGAGGACGCCAAAGUCCUAAAGGGCAAGUCCCAGGAGGCCAUCAUCGCUGGCUGCAUCUUCAUCGCCUGCCGGCACAACAAUGUCCCCCGCACGUUCCGCGAGAUCUUCUCCUUGACUCGGGUUUCGAAGAAGGAGAUUGGCCGGGUGUUCAAGCAGCUCGAGACCUUCCUCGGCAAGCAGGAUGUCAACGUCGUCAAGAACCAGACCCACGACAAGUACCACGGCAAGGGCUCGACCAGUGCCGACGAACUCUGCGCCCGCUACUGCAGCCAGCUGCGCUUCCGCAACUCGCAGAAGAUCGAGAAGGUCUCGAGGGCCCUGGCAGGCAAGACAUCCUCGGUGCCGGAUCUGGCGGGACGGUCGCCACUGUCGGUGGCCGCAGCCUGCAUCUACAUGGCGUCUCACCUCAUGGGCGAGGGCCGGCCGUCAAAGGAGAUCGCGCAGGUAGCCGGCGUUAGUGACGGCACUAUCAAGACGGCGUACCGGUUCCUUUUCCAGGUCAAGGAGAAGCUGAUCGAGCCUGACUGGCUUGCAAAUGGCCAGGGCAACGUUGAAAAACUACCGGCCAACUAG